UCAGCUGAUUUUCGCAUGCUUAUUUCUCCACCUUUCGCUACCAAUGUUCUGCAAAAAAUAGUACAAAAUGCUUAAAUAUUGUUUGUCUAAUUUGGUUAAAUAUUCAAUAAAAAAUGUUGGCAAAUCCCAAUCAUAUUUAUUCAGUAUUACAAAAUGUGUCAGCACCAAUAUAGAUGCACUGCCAACACCAACUCCCGAGCACAACAAACCAACAACCGGCAAAAAUCCACUACAGAACUAUACAACGGAGGAGCAGCACAAAAUAUUGAAUAUUUUGAACAAAGAUGAAGAGCUUAUAAAUUAUGAUAUAGCUAAAACGCGCGCAGCCAAAUUGGUGGCGUGGAAGAAACGUAAUGGGUCGUUGAAUAGUUUAGAAGACAUGCUUCUAAUAGAGGGUUUUACACUGAGGAUUGCCGAUAAAUUUUGCAAAAGUGUAAUUGGGGGACAUGUUGAUGAAAGUAAAGCCACAAAUUCCGCACGUCGGCGUACCGCUGGCUUCAUUACGCCAGCAAUAGAUGCCGAACAUCGUACGGAGUUACGUUCCUGCGUAUCUCUACGUAUUGGCGUAUCCAGCAUAACUUGGGCACGUUUGGAGUUACCUGAAUCUGAAAGUAUAAAUGCGCCAUGUGACCUGACACAUUGGCAGCACCACGAUAUCACAGAGAAAAAGCUCCAUUUAGGUGAUCUAGUGCAGCGCCUAUUAUAUGUAGAUCAUCUUAUACCAGAUGCAGAUUGCUAUAUAUUUGAAAAUCCGCAACUGGCACAAAUCAACAGCAAUCCUGGUAGCGUGGAUCAGCAAAAUAUAAGCGUACAAAAAGCGCAAGUAACGGCUGUGCUAGCAUAUGCGCUAUGCGCACGUGGCAGAUAUGCUGAAGCACUGAAGAAUGGUUAUGAAAGUAUAGUCGAUCCUAAAAAGCGGACAGACGAAACGCGACCAAAUGUUUUCUAUCUGCGUCGCUUUUUAACAGCACGUCUGUUUAGUCAGUUGGUUGGUAGCGAGCGCGUGUCUUCCGAGGAAACGAUACUACAGCUUAUGCGCACGCAUUACAAUGUGUCGCAACUGCUAUAUGAUGAAGACAAUGAAGUGCAAAAUGCGAAGGAGAAUAUACAAAAUGUAUCAUUACGCCGCAAUGUACAAUUCUCGUUAGUGCAACGCGAGAUGUUUUCACGUGCAGAGCGAUUUCAGCGGGAGUUCUUGGGUCAGGCGCUUUUACUUAAUUUGGCAUUUAUGCGUUUGGUAGUUUUACAAGAUGAGGAGAGUAUCGCAGUUGUGACGCGCAAUCCUAAUAAAGCAGACACUAGAGGUAAAACAGACGCAACGGAGAUAAGCUGAUGUGGUCGUUUCAGUCAAGUUUCUGUUAUAUUCUUGCUGCUAUUGUAGUUGUCAAUAUACAUAUAAGAAAACUGCUGUUAA